AUGAAGCAAUUCCUUGCUCCAUCCACUCUUCUCCUUGUGGUUCUGCUCUUUCCAGGGCUUUCUGGAGUCACACAUGCUAACCACCAGGACCCCGAGGGUCCCAGGAAGCAAGAAGAAUCCCCGGGACGGGGAACAAACAGGUCUCACCCACUUCACUACCAAGUAAAGCGCUACCUCAGGCCUCGCCAGCCCCCCUUCCCAGGGGAUGUUCCACCUGGAAUUAGAAAUAUUAUCUGCCUUAUGCAACAUGGAACCUGCAGACUUUUUUUCUGCCGUUCUGGUGAGAAGAAAUCUGAAAUCUGCUCCGACCCCUGGAAUAGGUGCUGCAUACCACAUUCAGAGGAAGAAAAAAAAUACAGACCAGAGAUGGAUGGCAAUCAGGCACCUAGAACGGCUCCCGGCUCCCCGCUGCGAGCAGCAGAACUAGAGGAGAGAGGCUGCCAGAAGCCCUGAAGAGUCUCCACCACGAAUGUUCACCCGCCACCCCAUGCCCGCCAGACACGGACUCUUAGGCCAAAAAGGGGCCCAAAAGGUCAUUUAACAAAACCACCCGCUCUCCCCACCACUACAUAGGCAACACAGUAUCAUGGAAAGACUCUUCACUUGAUCUUAGCCAAAAGGCUGAGAAGCAAUCAUGGAAAGAUUCUUAAGCAAGGAAUCAAAACCCCCGAAUUCUAGUCCAGUAACUCAUCCCUGUCACACUCUUCAUUUGUAAUGUGGUCAUAUGUUUGUAUCCGCUGAUCUCAAACGGGUCAUUAAACUUUUGUUAUUU